UAUGGAAUAGCAAAAUAAAUCGCUGAGUAUCGCGCUGAAGAGCUCACGAGCGCCGUUGCUCCAUACGUCGCUCUCAGAGAAGUAGCGCGGGGUUAAAUUUUCGUGACGUCAUUUGUGCGCGACGCUAUUAUGUUAAGAAAAAAACUGACUGAGCUUAAGGUAUGAAAAGCACAAAGGAUAAUCUUAUUUUAAUGUUGACCGUAAAAUGUAUAGCUCGCAGCUUCUUUUACAUAUUUUUGUUUCGUUUGCUUUCCUUUUUCUUCUGUGAUCCUUGUAAUUCAAGAGAACAUCUUUUACAUCUUUUCCCCUUAAUCGACAUUGAGGCUACUUCCUUCCUUCUUUUCGUUGGCCUGAUAUGGCUUCCAGAUAGGAAAGUCAAAAGCGACAGAAAUCCAUGAGGAACUCCUGGCGGCGAGUUGAACUCUCGUUUAUUUUCUUUACUUGCUCAGGCGAACAAGGCAACAAGUCAAGAUCUCUUCCAGCACAUGCAAAAUGAAGAUCCAUCGUCUCACGAUGCGCAGACUCUUGAUAGUGCAACCGCUGAUCAAGCUAAAGAGCAAGAAAAGGCACACUUUCCCGAUAUGCAUAGCGAUGGAGAAGACGAAGAGGAAGAGGAAAUGAAAUCUGCUUUGUUGGAAGAGAAUGAUGAACUUCCUACGCCAGACAAACCACAGCAAUCUCGACUACCACCGCCAAUCAAGUCUCAAAUAACAGCAGAUAAUGAAGAUGGAAGCGAUGGAGCUGAGAGUGAGUCUCGUGAGGAUGACAUGGAAACUAAUGAUGGUGAAGAAAUGACAGCUGAGCGCAUGCGCAGUACUUAUCACUCUUCUGAUAUGGCGCUGGCGUUUGAGAGACUGGACAUAUCAUCGCUGGAUCCUGAGAAGUUAAGGUCAGAUCUCGAACAUCAGUUGGCAGAAUGGAGCAACAUGGACCGAGGUACGGCCGACGAACAGCGAGUCGCACAAGAGGCCUGGCGCAAGUACGAGCUUCUCACCUCCAGUCUCUCUCAGGAGUUGUGUGAACAGUUGCGACUGGUGCUAGAACCUUCAUUAGCUACCAAACUCAAGGGAGAUUACCGGUCGGGGAAAAGGUUAAACAUGAGGAAGGUGAUCUCUUACAUCGCCAGUCAGUUCCGCAAGGACAAGAUCUGGCUGAGGAGAACUAAGCCUAGUAAGAGGCAGUACCAGAUCAUGUUGGCUGUGGACGAUUCUUCCAGUAUGAAUGAUAACCACUCUAAACAGCUGGCGUUUGAGUCCUUAGCAGUGAUCAGCAAUGCAUUAACCAGACUGGAGGCUGGUGACUUGGGUGUGUGUAGGUCAGUGCAGUUCAUUUGUUUGUCUUUAUCUAAGGUAUGUUGUUUAUUCCUCACAGUGCGUAGCUUUUGGCGUGCAAUCCGCUAUUUCUGAGUUGCCCUUUGCCUCUGUGUCAAAACGAGUCUUGUGCGAAUACCAUUGAUAUGAAAACGUUUUCCACCUAAAGGUUCAUUUUUCAUGUAAACCGGCAGAAGCUUUAACUCAUUUUCAUUGAAACAGAGGCACAAGGUAACUAAUAAACGGCCUGUUGUCGUUCACUUUUGUCUUCGUUUUCAUGCUCAUUUUUGGCACGCUGGGGGGAGGGAGGCGUUAGCGGUUAGUGCUCUGGACAUCUCAGCGAGCGGUCCGACUGCUGGCCGGGAUCAUUGCGUUGUGUUCUUGGGCAAAUCACUUUGUUCUAACAGUGCCUCAUUCUAAUGCUUGGGAUAACCCUGUGAUGGACUAGCAUCAAAUUCGAGGGGGAAUGGAGAUACUU